ACGCAGGCGCCGAACAGAUGUAAUAUUUCCGGUAUAACAGGUAUUGCAACUUUGAUAGUAGGUGGUAUUCGUUGGUGAAUUUGAUGAAAUGUAUGAAAAACCACUUGCAAAAACCUAAAUUGUUGAGAUUGAAAAUAAUCUCUAUUAUAGUAAGACACCAACAUUAUCAAGAGUACUUGCCUCAAGCUGAAACUAACCAAAGCUAUAUACACAAUGAAUAUUUCAAACUCAGAAUUAAUAGUCAUUUUGGAGAGGAUUGUUCAACCUAACGCACCUCAGGUCGAUGAAAACUUUCUGUCGACGUUACUGCAACUUGUGACUGGUCCAGAGUUUGAUACUCGACAAUCAUUGGAUUGGAUAGCGAACACUGUAAAGUUAUGGAAAGAAACAGCAUCACCGGAGUCGAUAAUAUUCGUCUUCACCCUUCAUUUUACGGAAUUCCUUUCAAAAAGCGAAUCAAAUUUCAGACAGUUGAUUAAAUCGAACGUAAUCAAAAGUCUGUUAAAGAUGGGAAAAUCCAUGAGUGAUAACGCAGAGGUGACGGUUUCCAUCAUGGGAAUGAUCAAGUCAUUUUGCGAACACAAUGCUGGUAUAAUAUUCGUUAAAGAUUCCGGGUUAUGGUUGGACAUAAUUUCAAAACUUCAAUCUGAGAAUGCAAAAGACCCAGAAUUUGUUAAAAUAGGAUUUGAUUUGAUUGCUACACUACUUACAAACGCAGCUGAAGAACAUAUCACCUUUAGCACCCAAGUGCUUAAAUUGGUUGCAGAUCCAUUAAUCGAUGCGAUGCAACUUAUUGAAGGUGCUCAAUCCGAAGAUUCGAUUAGUACACUGAUUCCGAAUAUCGUUUCCAUGAUCGAAAUUCUAGAAAGGCUAUUGGAAAAAGUGAGCCUUAAUGUGCUUAAAGCAUUAUUAACCCUUGAACUGGAAAAGGUUUGUGAGAACUGGUUGUCCGUGAGCACAAAUGAAAAAUUGUGUUUGGAUUUGGGUCGAAUCGCAAUAAUUCUGUCGUUUUAUCGGAUUGUGUAUUAUUUCGACGGAAUAAAAGUAGUGAAUCGUGAUGGCGUCACAUUGGAAUGCUUUCUCAGAAUAUUUGAAAAUCAGAUAACAAAAGGACAUGUCAAAACUGCCUUCAAGUUGUGUUUUUAUACGCAAAAAUACUGGAAAAGUGUUGAAGAGAGAAUGCCGAAAUACUAUCGUAAAGGAAAACCGAUCGAAGUCGAAGAUCAAAUUAUGGCGAUUUUAAUGGUACCGCUGGUUAAAUUUAUUAAAACUGUGAAUUCAUCGUCCCACAAGUCGUAUGGCUAUGAAGAGGAAACUCGGCUCAUUUACUUGUUUUCUGUUUUGGGCAAAGUGAGCGUAAAUACUUACUAUUCAGCCAUAAUUUUAUUUAAUUUUCUGGGCAAUUUCCCUAUAUUCGAAAUCGAGUAUUUGGUAUUGGAUUGCUUCAUAGAAUGCAAACAUUAUUUCUCGCGACAGAACGCGGGAUUGAUAUUUCAAAUGCUAAUGUAUGUCAUCAAAGAGUUUUUAUUCGAGUAUAUAAACACAAAAGCACCCCGUAAUGAAAUCUCCUCAAAACCAUUGAGGUUUGUCACUAGACUACUAGAUGCCUUACUGGAAUACAUUGUAUUCUUCAACUUGUCGUGGACAGAUUCAGUGACUACAAUUUUUGGAAUAUAUUUGGCGGUAGGCUUCUUGAAGUUUAAUCUAUGGCCUCCAGAGUUAAUCAUCAAAGGAUUGAUCUUGCUUGAUAUAGCAUUGAAGAAAAAUAUGUCUGCCAAUAUGACCCUCUUGAUUGAUAGUACUAACAACUCGCCUUUAACUAAAAUAGGACCCACGCUCAGGUUAAAAUGUUGCAAUGAGAACUGGGAAAUUAGAAAAGCAACUUUGGAAGUAGUUCACACUGUGGCAUUAAAAGCAAGUAAUAUGUCAAAUAAAUCCCAAGAAAAAUUCCCAUCUUUCCAGACCAUUUUGCAAGAGUCGCAUAUAGUAGAACUCGUUUUUAAUAUGGCACUUAAUGAUAGCAACAUAUUUGUCAGGGCCAAGGCUAUGGAAUGCAUAAAGAAAAUGAUGACAAUUGAAGAUAUUGCAAGAAAUCUAUUAGAAAAUAAUUGUUUGGUAGAUAUGUUACUGUUUAAUUUUAUGGAAAAAAUCUUGAAAGUGCUGUUCAAAGAAGAAGAGUUAGUUAGAAAAGAAGCAGUAGGAGUUAUCACUAAAAUCUACAAGUAUCACAAUACUUCAGAAUAUAACACACUCCAAAUUUACAAUGCAAUGGAAUAUGUAGCAAGCGUAGACCACAGUCCUGGUGUCAUAAUAAAUGGGCUUAAAUUUUGGAAAAAUGUUAUAUUUAAACAUUUGGAAAAUCAAGGUAUGACUGACAAAAUAUUUCCUGAUGUAACUUUUUCAAAAGAAGAAAAGAAAAUCGUGAUUCUUACUAAAGGCAAAGUAAAAAAAAGAUUAGUUACGGUGCUGAAUCAGCUAAGUUCAACAGGAUGCUUUGCCUUAUUUAUUAAUCACGUAAAACAAACUCCAAUGUCUGUCAAUCUUUUAAGUCCAGCGCUUAAAACUCUUCAGCAAUUAUCAGAAAUUUUAAAAAGAUAUGAGGUUGGUAAAGAGGAUAUCAAAUGCAUAUCUGGACUUCAUUCAUAUAUAUCCAGAGACUUAAACGAAAUAAACCACUUGGUGGAAGAACUAAUAAACAAUACUAAUAUUGACAUUUUAAAAGAUUUGGAAAACAUGGCUCACAAUCAGUACUUUUUGUCUCAACUGGAAAAUGAAGUUGAUCUGUCCAAGGAUCAUGUUUCACCUGAAGAUUUUAUUGAAUUUUUAUAUAAUGACCUCCCAUUCUACAUUUUAAAAAGUAUUUGGGCUGACGACAGUGACAAUGAAGACGAUAACAAGUCUUUUAACAAGCCGCGAAAAUCCAAAAAUUAUUCGGCUCCUAUUGGAUUUGUAGCAGGAGGAGUGCAGCAAGCUGGCAAAAAGAAAAAUGAAAUUAGGACUGAAAAAGAAGAGUCUGAUGAAGAAAAGCCAUCAACUUCAUUUAAACACAGAAACAGCUCUGAUUCUGAGGAUGAGCAAACAGUUGGAUUUGGUUUCGGUUCACAACCAAAAAAACCAAUUCAAUCUACUGUCACAGAAAUCACCUCUGACAUAGCAGGUUGUCGCACUAGAAAUCGUGUAGACAAAGCAUUAAUUAAUCAAGGAAUGGGUAAUUGGGAAAAGCAUACAAAAGGUAUUGGGGCAAAGUUGCUUCUUCAAAUGGGGUUCCAACCUGGAAAGGGGUUAGGUAAAGACCUUCAGGGCAUUUCCACUCCAGUUGAAGCUCAUUUAAGGAAAGGCCGUGGGGCUAUUGGUGCUUAUGGACCAGAAAAACCAGCCUCUAUCCCUAAAGUAAAGAAAAAGGAAGUAAAGGAUGAAAUUGAGAGUGAUGAGGAAACGCAAGGCACUGCAAAAUGGAAGAGAAAUGACGUUUCAUCAAAACAAAAGACAAGAUAUUAUUACCGUAGUGUUGAUGAUGUAAUAGAAAAAGGUAAAAAACCAGGAGGUUAUAGAAAUUCUGGAAUUUCAAGUGAUUUAUCGAAAGUGAAAGUGAUUGAUAUGACUGGGCCUCAGCAGCGAAUUUUGAGUGGUUAUCAUGCACUUAGUGGCCUCAAAGCCCCUCCAGGCGUCGAACAUUUUGAAGAUGUAGUACAUAAGAAAUGUCAAAAUUUUGCCUUGCCCGAAAUACAACAUAAUUUAGACUUAUUGGUGGAUAUGUGUGAACAAGACAUUAUUAGAAUAGAUCGAGACUUGAGGUAUAACCACGACAAGAUUGUCAGUUUUAAGCACGAGGAAGAUAGUUUAAAAAAUCAACUAUUGGUGGAAGAUAGAGCUGUAAAUAAUUUAAGAAGUAUUUUGGACAUUGUGGACAAAUUAAUGGAUCCAUCUCAGGAUUAUUCUUUAGGACAAAUUGGUUCAAUAUUUAAAGAUUUAUUGGAACACCAUUAUGAAGAAUAUUGUCGUUAUGAAUUAGGUGAGCUUGCACCGGGUCUCGUGGGUCCACUUCUUACAUCUGCACUAGCGAAUUGGAAUCCAUUGCUACAGCCCAAGCAGUAUACCGAAUUUUAUGGUCACUGGAAAGAGCUUCUGGAGGAACCAAAACGGCGAGGAACAUUCGAAGGUAAUAAAGUUGGAAUACAGCCAUACGAUAGUCUCAUAUGGCACACUUGGGUGCCUGUUAUGAGAACUUGCAUUAGUUCAUGGAAUCCUCGCGACUGUGACCCGCUCAUAAACCUCAUGGAGUCUUGGAAACCGCUUCUGCCAGUCUGGAUACUGAACAACGUUUUCGAUCAGUUCAUCAUGCCGCGCAUAUCAUCAGAGGUCAACCAGUGGAACCCUCUAAUGGAUACAAUCCCCAUCCAUUUGUGGAUACAUCCUUGGAUCCCCCUACUGGAUGAUCGACUUCAAGAAAAGGUUUACCCCAUCAUUCAGGAGAAACUGGGAGUAGCUUUGACAAACUGGCAUCCAUCAGAUAGGUCAGCGAAGUUGAUGUUACAGCCCUGGCAGAGGGUUCUCACCAAAGGGGCUUUCCUAGCAUUUCUCUUAAAACAUAUUGUUCCAAAAUUGCAAGUUUGUAUGCAGACUAUGGUUAUCAAUCCACAUCAACAACUUUUGGAUCCUUGGAAUUGGGUCAUGGAUUGGGGUGACAUGCUUUCCCUUUCCAACAUGACUCUCAUUUUGGACAAAUUCUUCUUUCCAAGGUGGCUUCAAACCUUAGCAAUGUGGCUCAACCAUAACCCGAACUACAAUCAGGUAACAGAAUGGUACUUGGGAUGGAAACGGAUGGUGUCUAAGAACUUGCUCAUGCAACCCACAAUAAAAGAUAGCUUCCAUAAAGCUUUGGAGAUGAUGAGCAGAGCCAUUAACAUCAUUCAACAACCAGGCGCUAAAGAAUCCAUUAUGUACUUAACGAAUUCGGAAAUGAACUCGGCACCACCACCUCCGCCACCCCAAAUUGAGAGCAUUGCUGAGGCAGUCAGGACGGCAUCGAAAAUACCUCAAGGAUUCAAAGAUUUAGUUACAAAACGCUGUGAAGAAAGAGGCAUUAUCUUCGUACCCAUUCCAAACAAAUACCGUGAAGCAAAACAGGUGUACAAAAUAGGUUCUGGUGGUUUGCAGUGUUAUAUAGACAGAAAUGUUAUAUUUUAUUCACAAAACAAUGCAACAUGGUUACCAACGUCCUUAAACAAAUUGCUCGACAUGGCAGCUUAAAGUUUAUAUUAGAUACUUCUUAUGUUAUUAUGGAAAAACACUUCAUAUUCAUUCAUAAUCUCCGGUUCUAUUAAGUAAAUUAAAAAUGUCUGAGUUGUGUUUACUAAGAGAAUCUGAUUCUAGAUAGUGGCCAAUCAACACUUGGGUUUAUUGCAGGUUUUAAUUGAAGUCAAUUAAUUAACAAUUUCAAAGUUUGGUCUAUUUGUCAAUGUUUUUAAUAUCCUUUAAAUCGAGUUUUUUUUCCAU